UUAGUCCGAUGGAAUGGGAACCGCAGCGAGCGGGGUAAGUUAACUCACCCAUGGUGACGACACUUAACGCGGAGAGACCGCGGAGCCGCGAAAGCUCUUCGAAGGCUCCUGCACACGCGCUCCGCGGCAAAUUAAAGUCUCGAGUUCUUUUGAUCUUCGCCUCCUCAACGACCGAGGUCAUCGUCUUUCCAAACUUCUGUUAAAAUGGAAGCUUUAAAGGCCAUUUCUCUACCACCUGGGUUUGGCUUUCAUCCCACAGAUGUAGAGCUUAUAUCUCACUAUCUUAGGAGGAAAAAUCGAGGCUUGAAGAUCGACUUUGAUGUGAUACCAGAGUUGGACAUAUAUAAGCGUGAACCAUGGGAUUUACCAGCAUGUUGUCAGAUCCCCACAAUGGACAGUAAGUGGCACUUCUUCACCUCUCAUGAUAAGAAGUAUCCAAAUGGUUUGCGCUCAAAUAGAGCAACCGAAGCUGGCUAUUGGAAGUCUACUGGUAAGGAUCGGAACAUCCGAUCUCACAACCAGGUUAUUGGGACCAAGAAGACACUAGUUUUUCAUGAAGGUCGGCCGCCACGUGGAAAGCGCACAGAUUGGAUCAUGCAUGAAUACUAUAUGGAUGAAAAAGAGAGCAAAACUAGUUCUCAAAUUAAGGAUACCUAUGUCCUCUGUCGUAUUACGAAAAGAAAUGGCUUCGCAGUUGGAGAGAAUGUCUCAACCCAGACAGAAGAGGCUGUUUAUUUCCAAAAUACUGCAAAACAUUCGUAUGCAUCUCUGCAAGAGAGUGUGGCUCAGGAUGAAUCAAGCCUGUCUGAGAGUACUGAAAACCUGGAUGCAUGGUUUGAGGAACUCUUUGAUCCUGACUUUGAUGGAUCUAUUUGUUUCAACCCUUCUCUUCCCACUAUAGUAUCAAAGAAUGUACCACAGGUUUCACAGACAGGCCUUGUGUCUCUGAUUCCAAAGGAUGAACCCUUGGACUUUGGUUUCCCACCAGAAGAAAUAAUAGAAAUCCUUCAUAAUGACUUUACCCCCAUGCCUAAGAUCAAAGAAUUAGCGGUGUUAGAUCACAAUGCAACAUUAUCCUCAGCCAAUUUAAGCAAAAUUGCAACUGAUAAUUUGAAAAUGGAACUGUCUGAUCUAUCUGAAAGCACCAAAUUCACUGGAAUACAGAUAAGAGAGCGUCAUGGGAUACCUGCUGUUGGAACUUUCCAACACAGAGUCAAGCUUCAAGUUCAAACGAGCAAAAUGGAAUCAAGGAAGACUGCAUAUGUGAGCCAAACCAUCAAAUCUGCACAUGUUGACUACAACAUCAGUACAAAUAGCAAGCCUCACCGGCGCAUAAACUUAGAAUUAGAGAAGAAAAGAGUAUCAAUGCAGGAUGGAAUCAAGGGUAUUUUUGCUGUGGUUAGGAGUUUUCUGUGUCUGACAGAUGGCUUGGAUAGCUUUUUCCUUGGUGUUUGCAUGAUUGGAACUGCAGCUUUGAUCAUCUACUAUCUGUUUCAUGAUUUCCUCUUGGGGAGCUUCCCUGCUAUUGGGUUGUAGAUUACUGUAGUUUUUUGAUAAAUUGUAUCUAGCUGCAGUUAGGUGUGUUGUCUGUUUUAUAUGAUUUCUUGGCAGUUUUUGUACAGUGUAAGAGUAUGUUAGUUAGUCUCAAUGUCCUCCCAGUUUAUUAGUAGGUGAGGGAAAUUCAAUUUUUGUGAUUAAACAAUAUUAAAGAAUACUGUCACUAUGAUUAUGAUGAAUAAAAUUUUAU